AUUAAAGCCCCUCCGUGUGUUUUGGCUGCUCACGCCCCCCACCCUGCAGCCCUGCCUCCCCACUGCUGCCGGGGAGCCCCAUGGAUGUGGCUCUUCCACCUUUCCGUAUUAACUUCCCAUUUCUUCCGCCCGAGGGGGGUCUGCCCUGCCCGGCACACCUGGAGGGUGGGGUUGGGGGUACAUGUGGCAGCCAGCGCCGUGCUGGUCCGGGGGUCCGCCUUGGAGCGACCCUCCUGCGGUGUCAGAGUCACGCUGGAGCCACCCGUGCUCCUCAGCCCGGGAGGAAGGCUGGCUAUAAAAAGCCCGCGGGUUCGCCAUCCCAGCCUUUCUCCCAGCCCGGCCUGUGGGACAACCACACCGCUCAGGGCUGUAAUUUCCCAGGUUUAUAUUUAGCGGAGCAGGGGUAUAAAAGGGGUGCCGGCCGCGCUCCCCCGAGGCUGCCGGAGCCGCGGGUGCCCCUCUCCGUGGCCAUGGACACCUCGUAUCCGCGGGAGGAGCAGCCGCCCUCCAAGCGGGGCUCGCCCCCCGCCGCCCCCGCGCCCCGCGACCACCUCGUCUGGGCCAUCUUCAACACCCUCUACAUGAACUUCUGCUGCCUGGGCUUCGUGGCGCUCGCCUUCGCCGUCAAGGCUCGGGACAGGAAGGUGUCCGGGGAUGUGGAGGCUGCUCGGCACUUCAGCUCCAAGGCGCGGUGCUACAACGCCCUGGCCACGGCGGGCAGCGUGGUGCUGCCCCUCCUGCUCGGAGCCCUCAUUGUCACCGGCGUCAUCCACCUCUCCAAGCUGGCCCACGAGUCCGUCGGCUUCUUCACCUACCAGUUCAGCGGGGGCGACGACGAGGACCAGUGACGCAGGAUGAAGGGCUGGUGGAACCUCCUCUGCACCGCUGGUGGCCCCCCAAAAAGGCCACCGGCCCCUCCCUGCCACCCCGCUACCCAACCCCACUUUUUUUGUUCAUUCUGUGCGGUUUUUUCGCUUGUUAUCUCGUGUGAAGCCCCAGCUUCCGUGGUUGCUACUUAAAUCAUUAAAGGCUUCACACAGCGCGAGUUCCUGCGUGUGGAAAGGGGCAGGGAGUGCGGAACAGAAAACACAAAUAGGGAAUUUCGGCUCUGAUCCAGCUCCCGGCAGCCGGGAGACAUUUCCAUGGCCCUUAGGGCCACCUCUGGCCACCGGGACCCCCAGGACCGAGGAGGGGAGGAAGCAGAGAGGCUCCUGGGCUUCGCGGAGGCAGGAGGAAGCAAAUGGGGCAUCCCCUCCCCAUCCUAAAGAGGAGCUGAGACCUGCAAACUCAUUACAGCAACACAGACAUCCCCAGCCAGUCCCAGCCAGGACAGGGGGGGAGUUGGGAUGCACCCCCACUGCUCCCUGCUCUCUCUGCUUGGGCUGGAAAUGGCUCAUUUUGGGAGUAAAGACCCCUUUUUUGAGGAUAAACCCCCCUUAAUGGCAACUAUCCCUGGCUCAGAGCGGGGCUGUACCCCAGCCCCAUCCAAAUCCCAAUCCCGGUGCAAGUACACGGCGCUGGGAACAGCACGGUCCCUUUGUCGUGCCAAGAGUCGCCGCUAAUUAGCGGCUGGUGGCUCUGAUGAGGCCGGAGCAGGACCCAAGUAAUUACACGGCAGCGGGAGAGUCCCUGCUCCAGCCCUAAGCAUUCCCAGAUGCUUCGGGGCACGGAGCAGCCGCGGGGCUUUUUAUAAACCGGGCCGAGAUUCCUGGGGUUGGUUUGGCCAGGACAGACCCCUCGGGGCAGGGAACGCCUUCGGCAUUCCCUGCUCCCACCCAGGGCUGCUCUGCACGGCCCCCGGGGACACGGAGGGUGCGGAGGGGAGGAUGCUGAGAGUGAGGGGCUGGGGGCACCAUGCCCGCCCUGUGCAGGCACGGGAAUUCCUUGGGAUUUCUGGGACACCGAAAACGUCCUGGGCAAACCCACAGCAGCUCUUGGCUCGCCCCGAGGC